UGCAACCUUUUCAGUUUCUGUAACAGUAAUCACUCUCCCUGCCCUGACUGACUUGUAGCUCCACAUUGUUUCAUUGUCAUUAUUUGUCAGCAAACACACUUGAUACAAAGUGGUGAAAACUGCCAUUUUCCGUUCACAUGGAUGUUGACUCAGUCAGGCAGAUUGUUUUUCUUUUUCUCUGAACAAGCAGCCAUCAAAUCGUGAGGGCAAGUGUGCAAACACAGAGUUGUACUUUGGAGCUAUGGCCCAAAGGGUUUGUGUUGGAUUUACGUUAAAAGUUAGGAUGGCACGAGCUUUUCUGUCUUUGCUGCUUUUGGACUUUCAACUUGGCUCCGCAGCUCCAAACACUGUGCUCCUCUCUGAGAAGACAGCCGACAGCUUCCUCAGGAGACACAAACGUGAGAACACUGGGAUGUUCGAGGAGAUCCUGCAGGGAAACCUGGAAAGAGAAUGUGUGGAAGAGAAAUGUAACCUGGAAGAAGCCAGGGAGAUAUUUGAGAACGAUGAAAAGACUAUGGCAUUUUGGUCAAGAUAUGCAGAUGGCAAUCAGUGCGCGUCGAGCCCAUGUCUGAACCAGGGGUCAUGCAAAGACCAUCUGGGCUACUACAGCUGCACAUGUGUGUCUGGCUUCACUGGCACCAACUGUGAGAUCGUCUUACAAAAAAGAUGCGACGUAAACAAUGGAGACUGCAAGCACUUCUGUGGCACGAUAGGAACCUUUGGGGCAAAAUGCUUCUGCGCAACAGGAUACGAGUUGAUGUCGGAUGGGGUCAGCUGUGAAGCAACAGUUGAAUUCCCCUGUGGGAAAACUGGACUAACCAUUGCGAAGCCAGUCGUAAGGUCUUUCUACAACCCCGGGCUUCCAGACCACCUGAACGCCACGUCUCCUACCAACAUGACGCCCACAGCAGCAGCAGCAGCAGCAGCCAGCACCACAGAGCCAGAUCUGGAUUCGUAUGACUAUGAUGACUUUGGUCAGAAUCAGUCUCUUAGUGGUGUGCUUUCAGGGGAAUCCAAUCACUCUGAAAACACCUCUUCGGAGUCACAAACACCUUUCAAACGUAUAGUUGGUGGGAGGUCAGUCACUCCAGGAGAGAUUCCCUGGCAGGUACUGUUCAGACGCACAGAUACCAGGAACCUUGUGGCAUCCUGCACAGCAUUCUGUUUCUGCCCCCCAGUCCGUUCAUCAGUUUUAUUUUGCCAGGUCGGACUGAUAGCGAAACCCAGUGGUCGGUUAUUCUGUGGGGGCUCCAUCCUCUCAGAGCGCUGGGUCAUCACUGCUGCUCAUUGUCUGAGGGAGGCGGCCGGCUCCUUCUCGGUCAGAGUGGGGGAACAUAACACUGAAAUCACAGAGGGCCGAGAGAAAGACUACGAGUUGUUGGAGGAACACCCCCAUCCACGCUACAACGCAACCUUAAACAUAUACAACCAUGACAUUGCCUUGCUCUACCUCAAAGAGCCCAUCAGCUUCUCAGCAGCAGUCCGACCGAUCUGCAUCGGGCCCAUGGCUUUCAUCGAGGACUUGGUGAAGCAGCCCUCCCCGGCUACGGUGAGCGGCUGGGGCCGCACUCGCUUCAUGGGGUUCACGUCCAACAUUCUGCAGAAGGUCGAGGUUCCCCUAGUAGAUCAGACGGAGUGUAAGAAAAGCAGCAACGAAAGGAUCACUCCUGUCAUGUUCUGCGCCGGAUUCUACGACGUGGCCAAGGAUGCCUGCCAGGGCGACAGCGGAGGUCCUCACGCAAAAAGCUACCGAGACACUUGGUUCCUGACGGGGAUUGUGAGUUGGGGGGAGGAAUGUGCAAAAGAAGGGAAGUACGGCGUGUACACCCGGGUUUCUGUUUACUACAGCUGGAUAAAGAACGUGAUAAGUGUAACUAAACGCAGGCUGGCUUUGGAUGUGGAAUACCCAGACUCAUGACUGUGCAUGGAUGUUGAUGUACAGCACAGGCCUCGUUUUUGGCACAUCGAUUAACAAAUCACCUUAAAAAAUAAAUCAAUCUUUCAUUACAGCAGUAUAGGAUGACACUGAAAAAAUAAAUGGAAGAAUCCAACUUAAAUUUCUUUCAGUGAGACAAAAGUACGAGACGAUCCAUUUUCAUAACUUUGCUGUUAAUACCAUACAAAAAAAUAUUAAUGCAAUACAAAAAGCACUUAGUCGUAUCGUAAAAUGUUUUUGGAUUCUUUUUUAUGCUCUCUCUUUACAUCAUGUGCCUAACUCCAGUCCUCAACUUCUAAUGUCCUGCAUCGUUUUGAUCCAAAGGCUGGGUCACAAGCAGACCUUGGUAGAACCUGAUUGGUGAACAGGAUGGUGGUCGUCAGGGUGUGGAGUUUGACCUCUAUGCUUUAAUAUUCUACGGUCCUCUCUUCAGAUCACCUCUCAGGGUUUGUAACAGAUUCUGGUCUUGGAAGAAUAUUGAAUGUGUUUCAGGUCAAUCACUUCUGUUGUGUGUUUUGUAGUAAGGACUCAAUAAUGAUGCUGCUUAAAGCAGUUUGUGAUGCCAAUGCCAUGAACUCUACAGCGUUCUCACAGAAUUUGAAUGAAAAAGAGGCCCAGUGCAUUACAGAUCCUCCACCGUACUUUAUAACUGUAAUUGUCAUUCGCUUCACUCCACAUCAGGGAUCUGCUACAGAAGAAACUAUUAACAAAACUUUCAACAUUUUUCUUUAUUUUAAAAUGUUGGUUCUUUAAUAAUAGUUUUUAUUUGAUAUUUAAAAUAUCUCAUAUUACAUUUGCAGCUGUAAGUGAGCCUUGUUUACCUUUAUGAAGCCAUAAUUGGCUCUUUGGAGUGUAAAAGUUGCAGAUCCCUGUCCUACACCCAUCUGGAGUGUUUGUUGCCAAAAACUCAAAAAUAAACAUGUUUCCAAUUAAAGUUGACAUUCAUAACAGUGAGAAAGGGAAGUUUUUUUUUUUUUUUUCUGUCUGUCCCAAUCAACCACUUUGGGGCCCCAAAGUGUUUUUUUUCUACAGUUCUCUAAACAUCUAUAAGGACAAAAACAUGAGUAAGUUUAAGAAUAAAUAAACUGUGAUAGCUAAAUAUAUUCUUUAUACAAUAGUAAAGCAGCAAGAGCAUCAAGCAGAAGCCAGCAGCCAGCUGAAAGAAAACAAACCUUUCAAGGCCAAAGCUUCAGAUACUUUCCAAACAAUUUAAAAAAUAUCCAGGAUAGAUUUAUUUACAUGUUUUUCUGAACAAGAAGACAGACAUGUUAGUUUACAUCCACUGUGUUAACAAUGAAAUUCGGCUACCCUAAAAACUGUUAUUGCAGUGUAUAUGUUAAUAUUAUUAGAUUACUUUUAAAAGAACCAAAGACAUUUUAAAAAACAAAAUUAAAUAAAAUGUCCAACUGCCAUGCAUUUUCAGUAUAAAAACAAAAUGUUCAGCAACAAGCGUAUGUUACAUGGCUCAGCAGGAUUCAAGCAACUUUUUUGCCUUCUGUAGCGACAUCUGUGCAAAUUGUGCAGCAUUUUGGAUGAAAAAAAAAGGAAAACCAUCUUGAUAUUGUCCCAUCACUUUAACUAAAUGUCUAAAUAGUUAUGCAUAGCUUCUUUAAACAUAUGGAGGUGUGAUUUCCUUAGGAAUGAACAGAUACUUCACAAUAUGACAGGAAAAUAAAGAAAUUACCUCUUGAGGAGGUGCGAGGUGUGCAGCAGUCACUGCCACUUUCUGGACCCGUUCCCAUUUCAACAACAGCCUAUCGCAGCCACUCAAUUUGAUGUGAUAAAUCGUAUAAGUCUGUAAUCAAUAUUUAAUUAAGUGUUCAACACAAAGCAUAUAAAUUUCAUGUUGGUUCUAAGGGAUCCCUUUUAACGGGGAAGGAAAGAGUUACUGAGCUAUAAUGCUGAGAGAGGAUUCAUUUUUCUUCUGUUGAUUGAGCGCAGCAUCGUUUUCUCUCCAUCCUUCUCGUCUGUGCUGUGAAUGACAGUCACCUCUCAGGAAAUCUUCAGUAAAUCCAAGGAACACGUUACCUCUGGUCUCUAUCGUGUUAAUCAGUGUCUUACAAUAUCCUCCUUCAAGUGCCAACUGCUGGCGUCCAUGCAGGGGGGUAAUGUAUCCCCUGCAUUCCCAAUCCCUCAGACACUUAGGGGUAAACAAAGAAACACAGCAAGAAUAACGGAAACACAGUGAAAGAGGUAAAGCAGCAAGCAAAGAGCACAUUCAGUAGAGAGCAGGUGGAUUUGGAGUUAAAGGCCAAAGAUCAACAAAGUUUAUGGCUGGAAUACCUAAAAAUGUUGAAAGAAUAAAAAAAUAAAUCACAGUGAGCUUUUACAUUGGUUUUCAAAUGGGAUAAGUACAUUUAAAACACACUUUUAUGAAAACCAAAAAGCAGUUUAAAAUAUCUGGAAGCAUUUCUACUUCGAUACGUUUUGCUAAGGUUUGCUAAGUCUCCAAGUUACAAACUCCCAGACAACAUGUCAUUCUAUUUCCUCCUCGUAACUUUACAAAUCGGCAAACAGAUCUUGACUUCAUGAACUCACAUUACUCUCUCCACUUUCCCUUUGGGUGGUCACUGGGUCAUGCAGUGGCACCUGCCUUUGGCAUUAAACCAUAGCAUCAUCCAUCUUCAGCAACUUUUAACUGCAUUCUUAUUUCGUUUUUGCUUUACUUUCAUAGUUCUCAAUUUGAGAGAAUAAUAUCUAUCAUGAGCUACAAGCCUAAAUGCAGCAAUGAUGAUAAAUGGCCUUGAAACAUAACAAAGCCACCUUUUUAAAGUGCCUGAUGAUGUCUUGUGAGGUCAGAUAGAACCAAGAAAAAGUACAUAGAAAGACUUUAAAAGAGCAGGAAUAAAAAGGCAAUAAGGCAUGGCACGUUUUGGCAUUUAAACUCUUAACUGUACAGAAGAGUGGCGACAUGAGGAAAAAAUAAUAUUUUACACAGACAUGAACAUGAAAUUCAUUAAAAGUUUUUUUAAAAAAGGAUGCAAUUUGUAAAACAGUUUAAGGAUUAAAUCCUGGCUUUCAUCCUUUUGAAACAAAGCAGAAAGACAAGCUCCUAGAGCCAACCUCAAGUAUUUACUGGGAAACACUGAGUCCACAGUUUGUCACAUGAGACACUGCUGCAGUGGCAAACUCACAUGCUGACUGCAUAUGUUGCAGAGGAAGCGCCGGAACAACAAGAGUUAUCAUCACCCAUCAAAAAGUGGGAAGAACGUGAGCCAGGUCAACCGUUGAUUGUCCAGUAGGGCUUUAACUUCUCCUGUGGCUUUGAGGUGAUAUCUACUCUGAUCCUUAUGAGCAGAAAACGUCUGUUCAGGAGGUCGAAAAUAAAAACCGAGGGA